GUUUGUGGUGCAGGACGCUGUAUGACACUUCCUUCCUCUCACAUUUGAAUAGAGUUACUGCAGCACCCCAGAAACUCACCAGAGACAGACACACCAUCAAGUCCACCAUCCAUCUGUAGGUGAUCUAUUGUGACAGUGAAAGAUGGCGGGCACAUCACACAUUCCAGGGGAGGAGAUGGAGGAACUGAGAGAGGCCUUCAGCAAAGUUGAUGUGGACGGUAACGGUUACAUCAGCACAGAGGAGCUGAACGACCUCUUCAAAGCAGCCAACCUCCCGCUGCCAGGAUACCGCAUCCGCGAGAUCAUACAGGAGCUCAGCAGGACCAUGGACCUCAACCAGGACGGAAAGAUCACCUUCGAUGAGUUUGCCAAGGUGGUUCAUGACUUGAAGAGCUCAGAAGUGGCCAAGACUUUCCGUAAAGCCAUUAAUAAGAAGGAGGGAAUCUGUUCAGUGGCUGGAACCUCGGAACAGUCUGGAACACAGCACUCGUACUCUGAGGAGGAGAAAGUGGCUUUUGUCAACUGGGUUAAUAAAGCCUUGGAGAAAGAUCCGGACUGCCAGCACGUCCUUCCCAUGGAUCCCAGCUCCAACGAUCUGUUCACCGCGGUGGGAGACGGCAUCGUACUCUGUAAAAUGAUCAACUUGUCUGUGGCGGACACUAUCGACGAGAGAACCAUCAAUAAGAAGAAGCUCACGCCCUUCACUAUCCAGGAGAAUCUGAACCUCGCGCUGAACUCGGCCUCUGCUAUUGGCUGCCAUGUGGUGAACAUCGGAGCAGAGGACCUGAAAGAGGGCAGGCAGCAUUUAGUGCUGGGACUCUUGUGGCAAGUCAUCAAAAUUGGCCUGUUCGCUGACAUCGAAAUUAGUAGGAACGAAGCUCUGAUCGCACUGCUCAGGGAUGGAGAGAGUCUGGAGGAUCUGGUCAAACUGUCUCCUGAGGAGCUGCUGCUGCGCUGGGCAAACUACCACCUGGAGGAGGCCGGAUGUCCCAAAAUUAACAACUUUAGCUCAGAUAUUAAGGACUCCAAGGCCUAUUACAACAUCCUGAACCAGGUGGCACCUAAAGGAGAUGAAGAAGGCAUCCCGGCCAUCCCUAUUGACCUGACUGGAAUACGGGAAAAAGACGACCUGAAGAGAGCCGAGUGCAUGCUGGAACAGGCCGACCGCCUCGGCUGCCGACAGUUCGUCACGGCCACAGACGUGGUCCGAGGAAACCCUAAACUCAAUCUGGCCUAUGUGGCCAAUCUGUUCAACAAGUAUCCUGCUCUGAAGAAGCCGGAAAACCAGGACAUUGACUGGAGCUCUAUUGAGGGAGAGACCAGAGAGGAACGCACCUUCAGAAACUGGAUGAACUCACUGGGCGUUAAUCCACGUGUCAAUCAUCUCUAUGUGGAUCUGGCUGAUGCGCUGGUGAUCUUCCAGCUGUAUGAAAAGAUCAAGGUUCCUGUGGACUGGGACAGAGUGAACAAACCGCCGUACACCAAACUGGGCAGCAACAUGAAAAAGCUGGAGAACUGUAACUACGCAGUGGAGUUGGGAAAGAAGGAGGCUAAAUUCUCUCUGGUGGGAAUCGCCGGACAGGAUCUGAACGAAGGCAAUCGCACGCUCACACUCGCUCUGCUCUGGCAGCUCAUGAGGAGGUACACGCUGAACAUCCUGGAGGAUCUGGGCGACGGGCAGAAGGUCACUGAUGACACCAUCGUGACCUGGGUGAACGACGCGCUCGCACAAGCGGGCAAAGGCACCAUCAGCGGCUUUAAAGACGGAUCCAUAAGCAGCAGCAUGCCGGUCCUGGACCUGAUUGACGCCAUCCAGCCCGGCUCCAUCCGCUACGACCUUCUCAAGACAGAAGACUUGACAGAUGAAGAGAAACUCAAUAACGCCAAGUACGCCAUCUCCAUGGCGAGGAAGAUCGGAGCCCGUGUGUACGCGCUGCCGGAGGAUCUGGUGGAGGUGAAGCCGAAGAUGGUGAUGACGGUGUUCGCCUGCCUCAUGGCUCGAGGAAUGAGACGAAUCUAGAACCCAUCAUCCACUCAACUGAGAUUAUACGCCUGCAUCUGACCGUCUUUUAUAUUUCCUUAAAAUGACUUUUAUUAUUAGCUCAAUUAUUGGGUUCUUUCCGUGAUGCAAAUGAUGUAAAAAAAGAUUGUUCUUCCUCAGUAUUUUUGUCUUGUUUUUCAGUACACAUAUCUUAACAUUCUAAUUUUUCCUCUCUUGAAUCGAUUCUGAGCUUAGUUUUUAACAGCAGGUGGUGCUCUAGGCUAGUUUUUAACCGCAGGCUCAAUUGCUCAUGAAGAGCACUCGUGCGUUCGGCUAUGUACUCGCACCUCAGAAUGCUUUUAUGUAAAUAGUCCACUGCCAAACACACUUGUAAUACACUUCAACCUUUUCGAACUUUAUGAAUGAUUAUUUUAUAGAAGGUUCAAGCGGUGUGUGUAAGAGUACGGCCAUUUCUAAAGCAUGCAGUGCCAUCUGCUGUUCAUUUUUUGAAGUGCUUCAGCAACAAUCUUCUGAGUGUCUUUUUUAAAACAAGACCAAACUUAGGUCUAUAUUCCAAAGCAUUCUUAAAUUACAACGAUUUAAGUUUGGAUAGUGCAUUUUCAGAGGUUAAAUCAAGAUUCAUAUAAGGGGUUAAAUCGAGAUACAUUUAAGGGGUUAAAUCAAGUUAAGGGGUUAAAUCGAGAUUCAUUUAAGGGGUUAAAUCAAGUUAAGGGGUUAAAUCGAGAUUCAUUUAAGGGGUUAAAUCAAGUUAAGGGGUUAAAUCGAGAUUCAUUUAAGGGGUCAAAUCAAAUUAAGGGGUUAAAUCGAGAUUCAUUUAAGGGGUUAAAUCAAGUUAAGGGGUUAACUCGAGAUUCAUUUAAGGGGUUAAAUCAAGUUAAGGGGUUAAAUCGAGAUACAUUUAAGGGGUUAAAUCAAGUUAAGGGGUUAAAUCGAGAUUCAUUUAAAGGGUUAAAUCAAGUUAAGGUGUUAAAUCGAGAUACAUUUAAGGGGUUAAAUCAAGAUUCAUUUAAGGGGUUAAAUUAACAUUUACUGGAGAAGCAAAAUGACUUCAGAUAUUAAGUCUUGUUUUCUGAACAAUGUGUUAAAAUAAAGCCAGUUUAUGCUUAUUAAAAAUUAAUAAAUAAAAUCUGCCAGCGGAGAAAAUUCUGUGGUUUACUUUUCUUUUUCUGUUGGCAGGUAUGUUUCUUGUUUUCAGCAAAAACUCACUUAAUUAAGACUUAAUAUCUUAUGUCAAGUAAAUGUAUCUUGAUUAAAGAAUGUUCAUCUAAUAGAUAUUUGUACUGGAAAAAGAAAAUAUUGAGGAAGAACCUUUUUUUACACUGUGAAACUGCCUGUAUUAAAGACAUGGGAAAUAACUGGGUCUUCAUUUACCUCUUGAUAACGUGCCUAAACCUAUGAGGAGGCUCAAAGGUCAUGUCUGUUUAUGUCUGUGUUUAUGUACAUCACUGUGUGUGUCUGUGGUGAAACGAGGCGAAAUAAAGCCCAGCCAGUUUUGCUCUUUUAAAUGUUCAGGUACUUCAGGCUAUAAACGACAGUAAACACAUUCAGAUUCAUAUAUCUGAAUCAAAUGUACAUCUUCAAAUGUCACUAUGCAAAUAAAAACAGAAAGUUUUGUAACUCGA